AUGACUAUGGCAGCAAUGGCGGCCCCCAUGUCGUGGAGGAGGCUGGUGUACUCUGUGUACUCGCCGGCCUUGGCCGGGGUUAUCACGCGAAUUUCCGACCGGCUCCUUCGCGCACGGGACCGGCGAGGCGGCUCGUCUGUGCUGCUUUUGGCACCCCUGCUAGCCAAAGCUGUGCCUUCACCAGAUAAUGUCACCGAUGCGCCAAACGCACCGCGCAGUCUCCACGCCCACUUCAGAUGGAUGGCGGAACACGUGCCGGCUUUUCGUGUCAACGGCGCACAAAUUCACGUGAUCGCCUCACCUGACCAGUUCUACCAGACGCUGAAGGCACGUGUCAGGACCGCAAAGAGACGAGUGGUGUUGGCGUCCUUGUACCUGGGAACGGGUCAGCUGGAACAAGACCUGGUGGAUUGCUUGCAGGAAGCUCUGGAAAGCUCAGAAAAAAACAACCAUGUGGCUGAUCUUAAAGUCUCAGUGUUACUGGACUACACGCGAGGCUCUCGAGGGCAAGUGAACUCAAGGACCAUGCUGCUUCCUCUAUUGCAGCGCUUCACCUCACAAAUGCGCGUGUCGCUGUACCACACGCCCGACCUGAGAGGCCUGCUGAGGCUGCUCGUGCCGCAACGCUUCAAUGAGACCAUCGGCGUGCAGCACAUCAAAGUCUACUUAUUUGACGACAGCUUCAUUAUCAGCGGGGCAAAUCUGAGCGACUCCUACUUCACCAAUCGGCAGGAUCGCUACGUACUGCUGGAAGACUGCGCCGAGCUGGCAGACUUCUUUUCUGAGCUGGUGGAGGCGGUCGGGGACGUCUCGCUACAGCUCGGACCUGAUGACUCUGUGGCCAUGCGGGACGGUAUGGUGCAUCCGUACAAAGGUGACAGGCAGGACUUUUCAACGGCGGCGAGCAAGCGCAUCAUGGAGGUGGUAAACAUGGCCCGCGUGCGCCAGCAGCUGCUCCUCAGCCAGCGCCAGCACUCUGAGAAGGAGCAGGACACCUGGGUGUUCCCUCUAGUCCAGAUGAAGCCCCUUGGCAUCCAGGUGGACGAACAAGUCACGCAGCGGCUCUUACAUGACGCAGGCCCAGACUCCACAGUCUACCUGACGUCAGGCUACUUCAACCUGACACGGGCGUACAUGCGUCUCGUGCUGGGAGCGGGGGCCGACUACCGCAUCCUCACCGCUUCGCCGGAAGUCAACGGCUUCUUCGGAGCUAAGGGCGUUGCCGGCGCCAUCCCCGACGCCUACACGCACAUCGCCAGGCAAUUCUACGAGCGCGUGAGGCAGCUGGGCCAGCAGGGCCGCAUCAGACUGCAAGAAUAUCACAGGCCGCAGUGGACCUUCCAUGCCAAAGGUCUGUGGUACUACCUCUACGGGCAUGAUCGGCCUUGCCUCACACUAAUUGGUUCCCCCAAUUUCGGCUACCGAUCGGUCCACCGGGACCUGGAGGCCCAGAUCGCCAUCGUCACAGAAAACGAGCAGUUGCAGGACCAAUUACGGGAGGAGCAGGAAAUGUUGUACCAACGUUCCUCGGAGGUUUCUGGAUCGACUUUUGAGCAACCGGACCGCUACGUUAAGCUCUGGGUCAAACUGGUCACGCCAUUCAUCAAGAACUUCUUCUAA